AUGCCAGUUCUUAUCGUGUCCACUACCGAAUCUGCCAAUCUCGAGUAUCUCACAACCGCGCAGCUCCACGAAACACAGGACACGUUCAAAUGUCUUUACCGCACACUCACUGAAGGCUCGCCCAAGGUCCCUCGACACAACGCCCUAGACUACGAGCGUCAAUAUAAGAUCUGGUGGGACUCCCAACUCGCCAAUGCAGAAAAGGCAAUGCAAAGCAGGAAGGUCGAUGAGUUAUCUGACUUGAUCCAGUAUCUGCGUGAAAAAAGGCAAGAGUUAUAUAAGACUGAGCGCAAACGCGAAAUCGCGCGAGAAAAGAAAAGAGUCGAGGACCACGGUGGGAAGGAAAAGAGAAUUGUGGUGACUCCGAUGUAUAUGAGUGUUACUAUGACGGGUAUUGAUAAACAUACUGCUGGACGUCACUCACGGCUGCGCUUGUUUCCGCCUCAUAGAUAG